GGGCAUGGACCGGGAUGCGCGCUGCUGGAAACCGGGAUAGGGGCGGGAGUAAACCGGCAUGAGCACCGGAAAAGACCGGGAUAAACCGUGGUUGAGGCUGGAUGGGCAACGGGGAUGCGCCGGUAUGGAGGCGGGGGUAAACGCCGGUAGCAGGGCAGGAUGAAUCACCGGGAUACGUCGGGAUAGAGGCAACCAUGGGCACUGGGAGAAGAGGAUCCUCCACAGAUUUCUGCAGGGCAUCGGCAUGAACAGGAUCCGGAUUCACGUGUUGCCGACCAGCCGAGGCCGCCUGACCCCGGUGCCACGGCCGCAGGAGCCCCUGGCCUGCGCCUUCGCCCCCCGGCCCUGCUCCCAGCCCCGCCUGGAAGGGCAGGAAUUCUGCAUCAAGCACAUCCUCGAGGACAGGAAUGCUCCCUUCAAACAGUGCAGCUAUGUGUCCACAAAGAACGGGAAGCGUUGUCCCAACGCUGCUCCCAAACCUGAGAAGAAGGAUGGCACCUCGUUCUGUGCGGAACACGCCCGGCGGAACGCGCUGGCGCUCCAGGCUCAGGUGAAGAAAUCCAACCCCGGCCCCGUGGGUGAGACCCUCCUGUGCCAGCUGAGCUCCUAUGCCCGGGCAGAGCUGGGCUCCCAGAGCACUGAGAGCACCAGGAGCGAGGCCAGCCGCAUCCUGGACGAGGACAGCUGGAGUGACUGCGAGCAGGACCCUGUGACCGUGGAUCAGACGUGGCGUGGGGACCCCGACAGCGAAGCUGACAGCAUCGACAGCGACCAGGAGGAUCCCCUCAAGCAUGCUGGUGUGUACACAGCCGAGGAGGUGGCUCUGAUCAUGAGGGAGAAGCUGAUCCGGCUCCAGUCCCUCUACAUUGACCAGUUCAAGCGGCUGCAGCACCUGCUGAAGGAGAAGAAGCGCCGGUUCCUGCACAGCAGGAAGGGAGAGCACGAGGCCAUCGGGAGCAGCCUCCUCACAGGGCCAGAGGGGCUGAUGGCCAAGGAGAGGGAGAACCUGAAGAGGCUCAAGUGCCUCCGGCGUUACCGGCAGCGCUACGGGGUGGAGGCUCUGCUGCACCGGCAGCUCCGCGAGCGCCGGGUCCUGGCCACCGACGGCGCGGCCCAGCAGGCACACACCACCCGCUCCAGCCAGCGCUGCUUGGCCUUUGUCGAUGAUGUGCGAUGCUCCAACCCGUCCCUCCCGAUGACCCGGCACUGCCUCACACAUAUCUGCCAGGAUACAAACCAGACACUUUUCAAACCGUGCCAGGGCUCAGAGGAAGUUCCCUGCAACAAGCCUGUGCCUGUGAGCCUGUCUGAGGAGCCCUGCUGCCCCCUGCACCUCCGCCUGCCCCCCCAGAUGUACGUCCCAGAGCAGGUCCUGGCUGUCCCCCAGGAGCUGGGAGCUGCUCCCACGGAUCUGUACCUGAGCGCAGCCGAGCUCCAGCCCACGGAGAGUUUACCCCUGGAAUUCAGUGAUGACCUGGACGUGGUGGGUGAUGGGAUGCAGUGCCCCCCAUCCCCUCUGCUCUUUGACCCUUCUGUGACCCUCGAUCCGUCCCUGCGGGACAUGGCCGAGGCUCCCAUCGACAUCCUGGCGCUGGAGGAGCCGGACAGGGGCAGCUCCUCCUCCUCCACCCCGCUGCUCCCUGCGCCCGAGGGCCCUGCGCAGAGUCACCUCCCGUUCCAGCCAGGGCCCCGGGAUGAGCAGCAGGCAGAGGAAACAGCCUCGUCCACACCGGCCCGGGGAGCAGCUGCCAACGGGAGCCUGGAGCCGGGAGCUGUGAGCUGAGCCCGGCAGCACCACGGUCCCCACACCCAGGGGACCCUCAGCGUGGGAUUUGGGGGCACUCAGGUGCUGGAAUCCUGCUCCAGUGCCAGGAUGAGCUGCAGCUCUGGCUCCUCCACUGAUUCCUGAAACCCCAGAUGGGGUCUCCAGACCUUCGUGUCCCUCCGUGGGGGUGGAGUAGCCACGGAAAACUGGGGAGGGAAAUCGCUGAAUUCUGGGAUCCUUCACCACGCCCUGCUGUGCCCUGGGGGGAUGAUGUGUCCCUGUCGUGUUUUGGGAGGACAGAGGUUCCGUCGCACAAUAAAGUGAUGGAGAGCGGUG